AUGGAAGCGAGAGUGAGAGGCGGCGUUGAUCGUUAUCAUCUUCGACCACAAGUGCAAGCAUUAACAAUCUCAGGCACACCACCCAAAAUAGAGAAGAAAAGAAUGCUCGAAAAAUUGAGGAAGAAACAAAGAACAUCUCCUGUCAACCUUGCAGAGUCAAGACCAUGGGCUGAUCUUCCUAAGGAACUUCUUGAAAUCUUCUCUAAAUCUAACAAUCUGAAUGUUGCAGAUUUUCUCAACUUUGGCAAAGUUUGUAGAAGCUGGAGAUUGUUUUAUUCGGAAACCAAGAACACAUUCAUGGCUUCAAAACCACCUCUUGUCAUAUAUAUUCCAACUCGAGCUAAGAAAUCUUGUUAUUUCUACGAAAUAACUUCUUUAGACACAUUUAAAACUAAGCUUCCUUCCCUUGCUCGCAAUUUCUGUAUUGGUCUUUCAAAUGGAUAUUUAAUCAUGGAAGAUAUUCUUACUAAUGUUUGGGUCAUCAAUCCUAUCACAGGCCAUGAGCUCAGAUACCCUCGUUUGUUUGAAGCUCCUAAUUAUUUGUGUUGCCCUGACCGUGCUGCGUUUGCUUCCAUAGGAGAUGCCAAAGAUAAUUUUCUUCUUGCAGUUCUUUCUCCAGUGUAUCACACAUUGAUGUUCUUUGUCUCUAGAGUGAACAGAUGGCAAGAGUUCUCUUUUAAAGGGAAAACUUGGUCUAUUAUGGACAUUGUGGUUUUCGGUGGAAGGAUUUUUUGUAUUACAAGUGAGUAUCAAAUUGGUGUUCUAAGUGUCAAAACUUGUGAGGUGAUUCUUCUAAAUCUAAAAGGCUUACCUCAAUUGAGCGAUGUUCAACAUGUGAGGUUCGUGGCUUCAAAGAACCAACUAUUGAUUGUUGAUUUCUCUCUGAGGACUUACCACCUUGAAUUGUACACAAUAAAUUUCUUUAAGAUGGAAUGGGUUAAGGUGAACCAUUUGAGAGAUGAACAUGAAGCUAUUUUCCUUAGUGAAAUGUCUUCAAGAUUGAACAAUACAAAGAAGUGGGGAGGAGAAAGCAACUGUCUUUAUUACUUGCCCUUUAUGGACAAUACUUGUUACAUAUCUAGUUUGAAAGGGGAGAUUAUGGGACAUUUUCCGAUUGUGAAACAACAAGUUGCUCUCCGAAUGAAUGGUUGGUAUUUCCCCGACCAAUGUUUUAGCAUAGAAAAUGUGAGGGAUGAAUAA